UGAGCGCUGACAGGCAGCAGGCUGGCCGGAGACCGUUGGUGCUGCUGCCGUUGUUGUUGUUGCUGCUUCCGCCGCCACCGGCUUCACUCCACGUUGUGAGCUUCCGUCCGGAUACAAAGUGACGCCGGAGCGGGACUUAAAUUCAGUUAACGGACAAAAACAACAGCAGCAAAGUGUUUUCGGAGGCUUUGGAGUCGCUGACCGGCUGAGCUUUCUCCUCUCCCGUCCUCCUCCUGGUCGUCCGCGGACAGUGGUUUGAGUGAGACUCUGACCGAGGAGCCGACAGUCGAGAGGUGUUCGACUGCAUGAAGAGGCCGAGUGACGGGACUCUGGUCCUCACCUAAACCCCUCCCACGACCUCUCCAAAAGCCUGGACAUGAGGUCGUUUCGGUCGUUUGCAAACGAUGACCGCCACGUCAUGGCCAAGCACGCCAGCAUCUAUCCAGCCCCUGAGGAGCUGGAGGCUGUCCAGACUCUCGUGUCUACCGUGGAGGGAGCCCUUAAGAAAGUCUCUGAUUGGAUGGAUGACCUCAGCAAAUCCUCAGGGAAGACAUCCACCAAUAACGAGGCCGGGGAUGACACGGUGGAGGAAGAUGCUGCUGAGAAAAAGCUGGAUGCUGCAUCGGUGCUGUGUGGGGUGACGCGUGUCGGCCUGGUAGCCAAAGGGCUCCUCAUCAAAGGGGACAUGGACCUGGAAUUGGUUCUAAUGAGCAGAGAGAAACCCACCAAACUGCUGCUCUACACCAUCAGCGCCAACCUCCCCCUUCAGAUCCAGACAAUGACCGACGACAAAUACGAGGUGCGGUCGUGCGUGCCCGAGGCGGCCAUCCAGGUCUGCACCACCAAAGACCCCCAUCUCACGCUGAAGAUCACCCUCUCCUCCUUAGCCAUGAGGGACGAGCAGAGCGCCACGGAAGAAGAGGAGGGCGAGCAGGACGCUGACAAACGGAGACAGGAGGAGGAGGAGGAAGAGGAGGACGUCCUGGACAGGCAGAAGUGCCAGACGGCACUGGCUUCACUCCGGCAUGCCAAAUGGUUCCAGGCCAGAGUCACAGACCUCAAGUCCUGCGUCAUCGUUUUGAGGAUCCUCAGAGACAUGUGCAACCGGCUGCCUGUGUGGCAGCCUCUCAAGGGCUGGCCUUUGGAGCUGAUCUGUGAAAAGGCCAUAGCCACCUGUAACCGGCCGCUGGGUCCAGGUGAAGCCCUGCGCCGCGUCAUCGAGUGCAUCGCCUCAGGGAUUCUUCUCCCAGGGGGUCCAGGAGUUCAUGACCCCUGUGAGAGGGAGCCCACCGACGUCCUGUCUGACCUCAGCGCCCAGCAGGCCGACGCCAUCACACACAGCGCUCAGCAUGCGUUACGCCUCCUGGCCUUUGGACAGCUUUACAAGGUCUUGAAUAUGGAUCCUCUGCCAGCCAGCAAGCCCUCACCGAGGCUGUUAGAAGGCGGCUGUCAGAAGAGGCUCCGGGAGGACAUCGGGUCAGACGACAGAGACUUCAUCAAAAGGAUGAAAGUGCUGGACUGGAGGAUGACCGAUCCAAACCAUCCCAUGAAUGCUCUGAUGCGUCUGAACCAGAUCCACCCGGGCCUUCAGUACCGCCUGCUGUCCCAAUCCGGCCCAGUGCACGCUCCAGUCUUCACCAUGUCUGUGGAAAUCCAGGGAACCACAUACCAGGCCACAGGGAACUCCAAGAGAACCGCCAAGCUCCAAGUAGCUCUCAAGGCGCUGCAGGCUUUGGGCUACGUGCUCGGCAGCGAUGGAGACGUGGACUCGCUGAGUGCCGACGAGAAGUCAGAUGGCGAAGGGAAGAACGACAGGAUGUCCACCAGCUCCAGCUCCACCUCCAUCACCUCCUCCACAGACACACAGGAGUCUAGAGCUCCUGGACCGAUCCUGACGGCGGGAGGUAAGAACCCGGUGAUGGAGCUGAAUGAGAAACGCCGCGGCCUCAAAUACGAGCUGAUAUCGGAGAGCGGCAGCAGCUACGACAAACGCUUCAUCAUAGAGGUUGAGGUAGACAAGCAGGUUUUUCGGGGAACGGGUCCCAACAAGAAAGUAGCCAAAGCCAGCGCUGCGCUCGCCGCUCUGAACAGCCUUUUCUCCGGCUCUAAAUCUACGACCAACAAGAAGAAACGGCCAAACCCUCCACCAAAGCGACCCGUGGCUUCAGUCCUCACCCUCCCAGCCCUCGCUGCCAGACCUCCACGGGUCCCCAUUAUCCCCAGAGCUCCCUACAUCAGCACCCCACCCGCACAUGGAUACAUCCCACCAGGUUUUGGUGCUCCUUAUGGUUACAGCCCUGCAGGCGCCCUCCCUGCUUACGGUUUUCCCUCCAGAAUGCCCUCAGUAGUUGUCCCAGUCAUCAGAGUUCCCACAGCAUACCCCGUCACCCACCUCUACCCCUAUUAGGACUCUCCCUCACCCACUUCACAGGAAGUCACUUGUUAAAGGAAUAUCCUGACUUUGGCUGUGUAUUCACGACACAAACCCAACCCUGCAGUCUACAAACCUUUAAGCAUCAAAUCAGGCAGUGGGAUUUUUGUACAGCAUUCAUCCUCUGGGCUAAAACAGUUUCACAGUCAUGUCAUUACUAUCCAUGUGAACACAGAGUUUGACAAAAAAGCUCCUUAUCAUUAAAUCAUUACGCAAUCAAAAGUUCAGCGUUUAAUGAGCAGUGUAUGGAAGACUGGAGAGGUAAAUAUGACAAAUUAAACAGCCCUGCAUGUCCUGCUGGGUAAUACAUCCAGCAGAGAACACAGUAAUACAGUGUAGUUUGUUUUUCUUAAAACGUACUAAACAAAAAUAUAUUAUCCACUUAAAUGUCAUUAGUAUUAUGAGGCGCAAUAAACAAUAAUUAAUGACCAUGGUUGAGUUUCCUAUUGUGGGAAUUUCUGUAUAGGACGACUACAUGAUUAUCGGUGAGAGUUUAUGCAGUGGGGAAAAAAGCAACUGGUUCUAAUACAUCAUCCUACAGUGUUCCUAAAUUAUUUUAAUGAUCCAAACAUUCCCUGUAGGAUUAAAUUAACAGGAUAAGUGAUAUAUUUAGAGGCUCUUAUUUUGUUCCCCUCGAUCUAAAAUGUACUGCAGAUGGCUACUGCAGAGAAUUAAAUAUGACAUGAGCAUUACAAGGAGCUGAAGUGAGACUACUGAAAAUACGAUGCAGUAAAUAUGUAAAUAAAAACAUUAAAUGUUUAGAAGGGAUCUAAAAAUACAUUUAACUAAGUAUUAAGUAUCUACAAAACUAAUGUAAUAUACUAGCAGGUAGGUUACUUAAAACUAAAUACAUAAAUUCAGGUUUUUAGGGAACUAAAUUAGCAACAACUACACACGGAUGAUGAAAUGGCUCACUAAAACAACUAGAACAAACAGAUGACAAAGUAUACGAUGGAAAUAUUCAAUAAAACGUCAUCUCUAGUUAAAUUAUUUAUUUAUUUAUUUAAUUUCCCUAAAGUGUCCCAAAGCUUACCAUAUUCUAUUUGAAUUAAUAGAUUUAAAAACAAAUGUUUAACUACUCGAGGGAACUAAAUUAAGACCAGGUAUAAAGUGACUACAAAGUAGCAAACUAAAAUUGCUGAAUUUUUUUUUGAUUUUUUUUAUAUAUAUUUUGAAAAAAAGAGAGUAACAAAUAUUCAAUGUGGAAACUAAAGAACUAAAAAUAAAUCUGGAGGGAACCAAAGACCUUUCAAAUCUAAGUAACUACUAAAUACCAACAAUAUGGAGCUACACCGUUAUUGUAAAGAACCAAAAGAGCUACCACCACACUAAACAUACAAUAAUUCAGCGUCCAUGAUAGAGGAAAAAAAAAAAUCAGUCGUUGUAGGGAAAUGAAUAAUUAUAAACAUACUUUGUUAAAUUAAAGCAUGUCCUGGAGGUGAAAGUGAUCAGAGCUUCUUUGUCAAAAGGCUAUGUAUUCCUUUAACAAUCAUUCAUAUAUGUGAAUGUUGUUUUGUAUUUUCAUUUCUCUCUGUUUUCUGCAGAUGUUUUGUUUCUGUUAGAGAGAAAAAAAAGACAGGUUUACAAUAUUCGGUUGCACUGAGAAAUAUUUUCCUUUCGUUUGGAUAUCGAGUGUCCGAGUUUACACUUACUGUUGAGUAUGAGCCAUUUUGUGUUGAGUUCAAAUAAUUUCUUCUCAGAGAGCUGUUUUAUGUUUGUAGGUAAUAUUCUUUUUAAAUAAAUUAAUAUUUUUGUCAACAA